AUGAAGUUCCUAUUCCAGUGCCCGUGCUGCUCGUGCUUCUGCUUCUUGAAGAGAAAGCAGAAGAAGCCAACGGAGGAGGGCAAGGAGGCCCACGGCGAUGGGGUCCCGUCCCUCUGUGAGCCAUUCCCUCCUCUUCCUUCUUGAAGUUCCUCUCCAUUCCUUCCUUAUUAGGGUUUCGCUUCUUCCUCUUCUCUCUCUCCCUCGCUCCUUCUUCAUGAGUUUCAGAACUGUUCUGUAAUAUCACUUCGGACUUACCAGUCAUGAAAAUAUAUCUCUAUCAGACUAUCCCUGCUUUCUUCUCCCUUGCGCUCUCUCUCUCUCCCUCCUUCCCUAGCUCGAGGCAGAUAAAGAGCAAAGGAGAUAAGAGAGAGAGAGAGAGAGAGAGAGAGAGAGAGAGAGAGAGAGAGAGAGAGAGAGCUGUAGAAUUAGGGUAUAUAAAGCUCCCAUUUACGUCCAGCUGCGGGGGAAUGGUAUCAUCUUCAUAGAAGAUAGCGUUUACAGAUGAGCAACACAGGGCGUUCCAUGGGCCGAUAUGGGGCUGAAUUUGGCAACCUGUUGAAUCAAAAUUCGAACAAAAGGCUUGCAAAGCAGAUGAUCCCUUCCAGGUUGAAAUAUUAAGCGUUUGGUGUAAGAUGUUCCUUCCUCCUCUUUCUCUCUCUCUCUCUCUCUCUCUCUCUCUUUCUCUCUCUCGCGCGCGCGCGCGCGCUCUCUCAUUAUCUCUCUCACUCACACAUUUUCUAUCUGUCUACUACCCACUUCUCUGUCUCUCUCUUGCUCUCGCUCUCUCAUUAUCUCUCUCACUCGCACAUUUUCUAUCUGUCUACUACCCACUUCUCUGUCUCUCUCUCGCUCUCGCUCUCUCAUUAUCUCUCUCACUCGCACAUUUUCUAUCUGUCUACUACCCACUUCUCUGUCUCUCUCUCGCUCUCGCUCUCUCAUUAUCUCUCACACUCACACAUUUUCUCUGUCUACUACCCACUUCUCUCUCUCUCUAUCUCUCUCACUCUCGCUCUCACUCUCACUCUCUGAUUAUCUCUCUCACACAUUUUCUAUCUAUCUACCUAACCACUUCUCUCUCUAUCUCUCUCUCGUUCCCUCUCUUUCGUCCACGUUCUAUCCGUCUACCUACCCACCUCUCUCUCUCUCUCUCUCUAUCUCAAUCAAUCUAAUCUCACACACUGUCGAUCUACCACCUCUCAACUCUCCCUUACUUAUUCUCUUUAGUUUCCUCUCUCUGCUAUGGCUUUUGCAGACUUAGGUAAGAUCAUAAGACGUGUUAUAUUAUCGUAAAAUAUAUUAAAAUUUUGAAAAUAGAUUAAGAAUAAAGCAUUUCCGAAACAUUGAAAAUGCACCAGAAAUCGUCUCUUGGUUUUUUUAAUUAGAAUUUCGAUCAAUUUUUGGCCGGAUUAAAGAAAUGAUCACUAGCCAUCUAUUCUUCUUCUAAUAAUUAUUUCAAUGGCUAAUUAAUUUCAGUAAAUCUAUAUAUAUAAUUUUAGAAAGUUUGAAAAUAAAUCUGUUGCUGGCCCGGUCAAGGAUUUGCGAAGCCCGUCUGUAGGAGAGAGAGAGUAAGAGAGCGAGCGAGAGUCAGAGAGGAGAGAGACGAAAGAACGAGAGGAAGAGAAAAGAGAAGAGAGAGAGAUCGAGCGAGAGAUCGAGCGAGAGGCAGAGAGCAGAGAGACGAGAGAACGAGAGGAAGAGAAAAGAUGA